CUGCCUUGCUGCGCACCUCCCGCGUCCAUUCAGUCUUGCUAUUACAAGAUAUUGCGCAGAUAGCCGGUAGCCGAAGAUACCCCUCAUAAUGGCAAAGAGAAAAGUUGAUUCUGAGAACAGAGCCUUUAAUAACUGAUGGGAGGCUGAGUAUAUGUUUACUGACAUUGCCGGUAAACCCGUGUGUCUCAUUUGUGGCGCUUAUGUGGCUGUAAUUGAAGAAUUCAAUCUAAGACGGCACUUCGAGACAAAACAUAAGGAUAACCUGAAAGACCUGGUUGCAGAACAGAAGAAACAGAAAGCAGAAGAGUUAAAGAAGAAUCUGACACUCCAGCAGACGUUUUUUACCCAUGCAAAAUCUCAAAGUGAAGCUGCUGUGAAAGCAAGUUUUAUCGUGGCAGAGGAGACCGCCAAAUCAGCCCGGCCAUUUACGGAGGGAGAAUUUCUGAAGAGCUGCAUGAUCAAGGUGUUCGACGUCUUAUGUCCAGACAAAAAGCAGAUGCUGGCAAAUAUAAGAUUGAGUAGAAAUACGGUUACUGAUCGAAUUUGUGAGAUGGCCACUGAUUUAAGAGCACAGUUGAGUGAAAGAAGCAAAGACUUCAUUGCCUACUCUCUUGCUGUGGAUGAAAGUACUGACAUGACUGAUACUGCACAACAGGCUAUCUUCAUCCGAGGAGUGGACUCCAAUUUGUGCGUAACAGAGGAAGCAAUGGACAUUAAAUUGAUGCACGGGACAAGGACUGGAAAAGACAUUUUUGAAAACGUAUGCCAAAGUGUAACCGACAUGAAACGGCAAUGGGACAAACUUGUUGGACUUACAACUGAUGGAACACCGGCUAUGUGCAGUGAAAAAUGUGGACUAGUGGGAAGGAUGUGAGUGAAGAUGCAGGAGGAGAACUGUACUGGUGAGUUAACAGCAUAUCACUGCAUCGUACACCAGGAAGCAGUAUGUGGCAAAGUCCUGAAAAUGAACCAUGUAAUGAGAACUAUAACGCAAACCGUAAACUUUAUCCGUGCUAAAGGGUUAAAUCAUCGGCAGUUUCGGUCCUUUAUGCAGGAAAUAGAUUCAGAAUUUGCCGACAUUCCUUAUCAUACAGAGGUGCGUUGGGUAAGUCAGGGAAAAGUUCUCAACAGAGUUUUGGAGCUCAGCAACGAAAUCUGUAAGUUCAUGGACAGUAAAGGAAAAGACUCCACCGUUUUGAGAGAUGAAAAAUGGAAGUACGAGUUGGUGUUCCUGGCUGACGUAACAGCUCAUCUUAACGCCUUAAAUCUGCAGCUCCAGGGACGUGACCGCAUGAUCACUGACAUGUAUGACGCGGUGAAGGCGUUUCAAGUGAAGCUGCUUUUAUGGGAGACACAAAUGCAACAAUGCAACUUGCCUCACUUUCCCUGUUGCCAAGUAAUGUUGAGCCAAGUCAGCACAAAUGUGUUCCCCAAAACGCACUUUGCUGACAAACUGAGCACACUACGCGCUGAGUUCGCACGGCGGUUUAGUGACUUUGAAGCACGAUGAAAAAGUUUUGAGUUGCUGCGCAACUCAUUUGCUGUUGAUGUUGAAACUGCACCUGUGCAGAUUCAGAUGGAACUGAUUGAGCUGCAGUGUAAUGGGACACUGAAGGCAAAGUAUGACACUGCAGGGCCCGCACAGUUCAUUCACUCUAUCCCUGCAGCAAUGCCCCAGCUCCGUCUUCAUGCGGCUCGAACCUUGUGCAUGUUUGGGAGCACAUAUCUGUGUGAAAAGCUCUUCUCAGUGAUGAAGAUUAACAAAACAGCACACAGAAGUCGUCUCACUCAUGACCCCAUCCUGCGAAUCUCCAUAACACAGGACUUCACACCAAACAUAAACCAACUUGUUGCCAAAAAAAGAUGCCAGGUGUCUGGCUGCGAUCAGAGCAAAUGAUCAAAUCAGAGUCAUAAGAGCAAAGAAAACGGAAUGAUUAGAAUUGUUAUUUCUGGAAAGUACAUGUUUUAUGUAUAUAUCCAAGUUUUGUAGCAUGUUCAUAUUUCUACUUGAGAUAUUUUUAAGGAGAGCAAAAUCUUUUGGGAUAUUUAAGUUUAUUUUUUUAAUACAUACAUUGACAUAGGAGCAAAGGAAUUUGAAUGUUAUUUUAAUGUUAAGUUGUUUAAGUUAAGUUCUAAGUUGUAUAAUUUAACAAGAUAUUUUUUAUUUAGAGCAAAAUAAUAAAUACUGUAUAAAUGAUUUAAGGUUUAAAUUUAAUA